AUGACGCGCGCACUUGGGAGAGCGGGCACCGGCGCGGAUACCGCACGCAAUGGAUCCCCGCUUAGCGAGGGAUGGGGGGACAUGAACGCGGGCGAGGGUACGCGGUACCCGGUGGAGCCGCGGAGGGGCGUUGUGACGCGCGGGGGAAGGCAAGCGGGGCGCGGCGGAAAGCAAGCGGGGCGCGGGGGAAGGCGCGCGGGGCGUAUCCUCCUGCAUGAGAUGGAGGAAGGCGGGGCGGUGGUGGGGCGCGUGGCGGCCCUGGAAGACGAGCUCAAUGUCGCCGCGGGGGGAGCCGUGGGGGGGCCAGCGGUGGCGGGGGGAGCCGUGGCGGGGCCAGCGGUGGCGGGGGGAGCCGUGGCGGGGGAAGUGGUGGCGGGGGGGGAACAAGCGUCGCAGCAACCCGCGUUGCAGGCUGCUGCGCCAGCCGCACAAGGCACUAGUGAGAAUGGAAGCGUGGCAGGUGCUGGCGCGGCCGUGGAAUCAGUGGGAGGAGGGGAGAGAGGGGGUGAGCGAGGAGAGGCGGGAGACGGCUGGAAAGGGGAUGAAGGAAGAAUGGAGGGGGGUGGGACUGACAGAGGGAGUGCUGCUGCUGCUGCUGGGACCAUCAAGCUUGACUGGACCCGCCCCCUGACCAUGAAGCAGAGGGUAGAAUCAGACCAGCGCAAGGUGGACAGGGGGGUGUGCAGGGGUACAGUGCGGUACGACAACCAGUACAGCAAGGGGCACAUGGCAUGGAUACCGCUCCCGGGGCGAUACGUGCUCAUGGAUUGCCAUCGCAACCAGCUGAGCAAUCGGGUGCGGUGCAUCCGCAACUACCUCACGCUCUCAGGCUACCUCAACCGCACGCUCGUCGUGCCGCUGCAUGCCGCAGACGCCAGUACCGGCGGCAAGACCGGCAGCAGCAGCAGCACGGCGCCUGUUGCUGACUCGCACGGCAACAGGUUGAGCUACGACCGGCGUGUUUUCUUCGACGUAGCGCACGCGCAGCUGUGCUUCGGACCCACCACCGUCAUGACUCCACUGCAGGUGCUGCACUUGCAGGGGGACGACGGCACUCUCGGCACGGGUGCUGCCGGCGUCCCUGAUGCUGCGGAUUGGACCAGUGCUGCUGGUGGGGCCGACGCUGCUGGUUCCGCCACAGCAAGUGCUCUGGACGGGAACACAGGCAGCUCUGGCGUUACAGCGGCUGCUGCGCCUGCGCCUACGGCACCUACCAGAGAUGCCGAGGCAGCAGGUGCAGCUGGGGGGUUGUUGAGCAGCCAAGCCACAGGGGUCGAUGGCUCCACGCUGCAUGAUGCCCUGCGUGUGGACCAGGUAGUGUGUCUCACAGGCCCGUGCUACAACCAGCAGGGCAUGGGCGAACCAGACCACCUGCCAGACCUGGCCCAUAUCACCUUCUCCCCCACACUCACCUGGACUUAUGCCAAUCUCUCCGCCAGCCAUCCGAUUAACAGCACCGAUGCUGCUUACAUCGACUCGCUCCUCCUCCCCUCCUCUCCCUCCUCUCCCGCCCCCUCCCUCGCCUCAUCUUAUAUGGUGACCUUUGGCGAUUUGGGAUCAACGAUGAUGGAUGUGUCUAGGAGUCCCCAGGGAGAGUACAUGAACGGUCUAGAUGUUCCCUUCUUCAGCCUGCAGGGGUGCAACAAUCGCCUAGCCAUUCAGCCACAUCCCGCUGUGCUUGCUGCUGCAGACGCGUUUGUGAGGAGCGUUGUGCUGGGAGGAAGAGCGAGGGAGUGGGAGGGUGCUUCUGGGGAUAACAGCAGCGACAGCUCAGUCGUAAAUAGCAGCACCAGCAGCGGCAGUGGGAGUGGGAGUGGGAGUGAGAGUGGGCGGUACAUGGCAGUGCACUGGAGGCGCGGCGAUAUGAUGAGUCAGUACAAGAAGGCGGGGCAUGUGAGUGCGCAGCAGGCGGGGCUGUGUGUAGCGCACAAGAUGCAGCGCUCCUACAACACCACUGCCCUCUUUCUUGCCACAGACGCCAGUGCUGAUGAGUUGACUUUUGAGUCGACUCAAAAGUUCCUCGCCACAGGCGCUGAUACCAACGAGGUGAGAGUCAGGGCGUCCCACGAGGUGUGA